GUACACACACAUAUGUUUAUAUAUUAUAUCCCUCUUAUGCAAUUAUAUAUAUGAGAGAGCUAGCUCGGUUCAUUUUUCCUGUAUAGCCAACACCUAGUGCAGUUCUCUCUCUCUCUCUUUCUCAGAUCAUCUCUUCUUUGCAAACUCUCCAUUCUUUUUCUAUCCUCUCGAUAGAUCGAUCGAUAUCGCUGUGCUCAUGCGAAUGACUAGCCCUCCGACAACGGCGCCCCCUCGAAGCCAUGAGUAAUCUAAUAGUCCCAAGAUCUAAGGUCAUGUUCCACCAAGUUUAUGAUAGAGGUUAAUAUAUACAUAUAUAUCCAUAUCUCUUUCAAUUAUAUAUAUUCAUAGUUUCCUUUUACAUAUAUAUAUAUAUAUAGAGAGAGAGAGAGAGAGAGUUUGGUUUCUAUUUCAUGGUUUUGUUUUUGAAAUCGAGUUUCAUUUACAUAUUUAUACACAGUGGGUUCUUCCUCUUAUUACUUUGGUUGUAAACCAUAUAUAUAUAUACAUAUAUAUAAAUAUAAAGAUAAGCAUUUGGAUCAAAGAAAGUACAUAGAAGUUGGUCCAUAUGCGGAAGGGAAGGAAAGGGCUGAUCAUGAAGACGUUGGAGAGAUGCCGAUCGAUCGGCGGCGGCGGCGGCGGAGGCACAAACCCUAGCCCUAAGGGGUUCUUGGCGGUGCACGUCGGAGCGGGAAGAGAGCGGUUCGUGGUGCGGACGGAGUGCCUGAACCACCCGCUCUUCCGCGGGCUCCUCGAGGAGGCGGAGACCGAGUACGGGUACGCCGUGGAGGGCCCCCUCGAGCUCCCGUGCGACGUCGAAGCCUUCCACGCGGUGCUGUCGGAGAUUGAGCAGGACGCGGGCGGUGGUGGCAGGGGGCCGUCGUCGCCGCUCUGCGGCCUCGCCAGAAGCCAGUCCAAGUAUCGGCUGCUCAGCCCGGCACAGCUCGCGCUCGUCGGAAAAUCAUAUUAAUUAUUGUUAUUAUUAUUAAGCAACAAGUUAUUUUAAGUUAAGAGUAAUUAGUACUCUCUAGUUUAGUUUUUGUGUGGUGCAUUUGUAUUACUAUGUGAGGUAGAUGCAUGCAUGCAUGCAUAUGGUAGUUGUUUACUUGCUCCCUUUUGGUUAAUUUUAUGUAGGAGCGAGCUAGCUAGCUAGGUAGCCAAGGUGCUACUCAAUGGAACUAGGGUUGAGUGGGUAAAAAUAUGUAACUACUAAAAGAGUUUGAAUGCUAUACAAAUGGAUGAAUCCGACUAUACGAAGAGCACACUAAUAAAAUAAAGAUUCAAGACUCAA